AUGAAGGGGCGUGGAGAGAGCUUGAGCUUGAGCUUGAGCUUGAGCUUGAGCUUGAGCCUGAGUCCGAGUCUGAGUCUGAGUCUCAGCCCGACGCCUAUCCUAGGCCUGAUCCUGAUCAUCAUCAUCGUCGUCAUCGUCAUCGUCAUCCUGAUCAUCAUCAUGAUCUUGAUCAUGAUCCGGGUACAGCAAGUAACGUUGGCUCUUUCUCUCGCCCGAAUCUUGCUUGGAAUAAGUCUACCUGCUGCUGCCGCUGCCGCUAGGGAAUGUACAGCGCCUAUUGUGUGCCGCCAGCGCGAUCCAUUUUCUCCCCCAGUGCCCCAAAGAGGCCUAAGCUCGCUGGGAGUCCAGCCUAUUCGGGCAUCGCAGACCCCCCCUGGGCCCUGGCUCAGGAACCAGGUCACACUAACACCAACUCCCGCAAAGCUCGUGGCAUUUUCCGCUUCUAUUUCCAUUUCCAUCGAAGAACUUCAUCCGACGUACAUGAGGUAUGACGCUGGUCGUCUGGCACGGUGCCAUACCUUUGGCCUUUUCUUGACUUGGGAGCCAUCGCAUCGCUGGAUUCUCGGUCACCCGAGAAAGAGUGCGUUACAUAAAAACAUACAAUCACACAUGGUGCAUUACUGCGCCGCCAGUGAGUGA